UUCUUCUGAUGUCAAUUCCCAUAUCUUUUCAUUCUUAGCAAUCCAGCUCCAUGCUGACGAAAUUGCUGUAAUGUGUAUCGCUGUAAUUGCUGUAAUGUGAAAUUGCUGUAAUUUUGUGAAGGUGGCAACACUUAAUCUGUAUUCGUUCGAAACAUGUGCGUUUAAACUCGUGAGUGGUGAUUGUGUAAAUAAGAAGGUAAAUUUACAAGCAUUUUUGUUAAAAAGUAUGAAUACUCCAUUAACAAAUGGAAAUAAUAUAACUUCACUAACAGAAAGUAUUAAUCAUAUAAUGAUUAAACAGAAAAUAAUUCAAACAGAUAAAGUUAUUAAACAAUAUAGUUUCAAGUGCAAAGAAAAUGAAGUUCAGAAGAGAAAAUUGGAUAGUAUGGAUGAAUUAUUGGAACAGCUUCGUAAAGACUGUACAAAAUAUGAAAAUGAACUAAGUCAAGUCUUACAGGAAUUAGAACCUCUUAAAAGUAAGUGGACCGCUUUGAAAGAUGAAAACAGCAAACAAGUAGAAAGUAUAAAAUUGCUGGAAGAGAAACUAUCGUCUACAGAUAAAUUAGUGAAAGAAUAUAAUUCUCAGCUAAGGAUUAGAAGAGAAGAACGUUCAGAGCAAGCGCGCAAAAAAAACAGAGACAUUAGAAAAAGAAAAUGAAAGGAAACAAAAAGAAAUAGAAACAGCUAAAGAAAGAUUACAAAAAAAGAAAAUUUCUACUUGUAAACUAAGCAAGAAAUAUAAAAUAGCCUUAAAACAUUUAUUAAGAUUUGGCAUGAUGCUUAAGAAACAAAAUUUGUUAAGCCAGUUCGAUACAAAAGUCCUUCACAAUUCUUACGAAACAUAUAUGAAUAGUGAUUUUGAUAUGUUAGAUUUUAAGUCAUCUGAUGAGACAGAGGACAAAGAUGCUGCAAUAAGUAAUAAUGAUGAAGUUAAAGAUGAUUUCUCUAAUUCUUUGUUAGAAAGUGAUGAUGAAAUGAUAGAUGUUCCUGAAGAUGAACAUUUAGGUAAAAAAGUAGAAAAAUGUAUUUCACCAGUGAGUUUCUAAUUUUUCUAGUAUAUUCUUCAUUAUACAUUUGUAAUAAUCAUAUAAAACUUGAAGACAUUCUAUUAUGUAAUAUAUUUAUCUUCUU